AUGUAUGACCUCCUCACUGUUCUCAUGAACUAUUUCAACACUGUUCUCAUGUAUGACCUCCUCACUGUUCUCAUGAACUAUUUCAACACUGUUCUCAUGUAUGACCUCCUCACUGUUCUCAUGAACUAUUUCAUCACUGUUCUCAUGUAUGACCUCCUCACUGUUCUCAUGAACUAUUUCAUCACUGUUCUCAUGUAUGACCUCCUCACUGUUCUCAUGAACUAUUUCAACACUGUUCUCAUGUAUGACCUCCUCACUGUUCUCAUGAACUAUUUCAACACUGUUCUCAUGUAUGACCUCCUCACUGUUCUCAUGAACUAUUUCAUCACUGUUCUCAUGUAUGACCUCCUCACUGUUCUCAUGAACUAUUUCAUCACUGUUCUCAUGUAUGACCUCCUCACUGUUCUCAUGAACUAUUUCAACACUGUUCUCAUGUAUGACCUCCUCACUGUUCUCAUGAACUAUUUCAUCACUGUUCUCAUGUAUGACCUCCUCACUGUUCUCAUGAACUAUUUCAUCACUGUUCUCAUGUAUGACCUCCUCACUGUUCUCAUGAACUAUUUCAUCACUGUUUCAUGUAUGACCUCCUCACUGUUCUCAUGA